CAGCAACACUGCCAGAGAAUUGUGCACGACAACGAAAAAUGAAAAACACGACGGACGCGCCUUGUGACGCGUCUCUCACAGUGAGUCUCGGCUUGCCGAGUCGCGACUCCGCUCGAGGUGCCGUCAGUGCCGUACAAAGGUUCACAAAGUUUUAUGGGACAACGAGAGAAGAGGGAACAGAUAGAAAAGCGACGCGAGUGGGAUUGAAUGGUCGGCAGACCAUAGAGAAAAAAAGGAAAAGAUUUAUGUUUACAAACCGAAAUUACUUGAAAAGCUGCGUUCUUCUUUUCGUCAUCAAUUUCGCAAGAAACCCGACUUUGCUACAUAUAGUUAACAACGAUUUAGGUCAACGUUCUGUCGCCUGAUACCAGUUUUUAUGCACGCUAUACGCAAUAACGUCGCGGGAAACAUUUAUCACACAGAAUGAGAACUCCAAAUCUAGCGGCAACUUCAAUUCGUCUGAAUUCUUGCGAGUUACAUGAGACUUUCGUACACCCGUUAUACUAUGGAUGGUCAUAUUGCUGCACAUGUGCGACACAUAUGCACGCUGCUCCUUUAAAGGAUGUUGUUCAAACGUAUAAAACAUACAAAUUUCCGUAAUUGUAAAUGUCAUUUGUGUAUGCGUGUAUAUUUGUGUAUGAUACAACGAUUUCACUUA